AGGUUAUUUCGAUUUCGGUAAACCAAACCGUUGAUAGACGGUAGUUACAUAACCAUUCGAACCCUAAACUUUUCUAAGCAACCUUCUUCUUCUUCUGCUUCUUCUCUCUGUCGCCGUUGCUUCGCCAUCCUCGUACCAAUGGCAAAGAAAAAGGUGAAAGUUGUUGAUUCUGGAUUGGAUACUAUUAAGGCAAUGGUUCAUCAGCACGGUGAAUUUUUCGACACAAUGGUGGAGCUCAUCCCCGCGAGAUUCUACUUACCUGAUGAGACGGAGAGGAAGUGGUUUCCAGGUCUUAGCAAGGCUCAGAAAGCUAGAGCCAAGAAGAAAACAACCGAGAAUCUAAAGAAAGCGAGGAGGGACAGGUUGGAUCCUGAGAAGUCUGCUUUGACUACUCUUGAUUUGCUGAAACGGAAGAUAGAAGAGGAGAAGAAGUUGAGUCAUGAGAUUGCUGCUGCUGAUGAUGAUGAUGGCAGUGAGGAGGAAGCUGAUAACAAGAAGGCUAAGACUGAUUCGGCUACUUACGAGGAGCUGAGGCAACGUCUCCACCGCAAGAUUGAUGCGCUUAAAGGUGGUCGUGGGGGUUCAGAUAGACCGAGAAGUCAUGAAAAGAGGAAGAAGAUUGUGCCUAAUAAGAGAAAGAGGGAGGAGAAGACUGUGGAGGAGGAGAGUAAGUUAGCAGAUAAAGGUAAGGGUAAGUUGGAUGUGGAAGAGGCUGCUAAGGACCUUACGUACGGUUACGUCAAGAUCGAUGACGAUGAGGAACACGGAAAGGGUACAAAGAAGCGGAGGCUUUCCAAGUCUAGAGAGCUCGAAAGGGCUUUGAAGCUAGAGGCUGCAAAGAAGGAUCCAGAGAAAGGCGAAGUGAUAGCGAAGAAACACUCUUGGCAGGCGGCUACAAGCAGAGCAGCUGGUAUCAAGGUUCACGACGAUCCGAAGCUACUGAAGCAGAGCAUCCACAAGGAGAAGAAGAGGCAGGAGAAGAACGCAGAGAAGUGGAAGGAGAGAGUUGAAGGGCAGCAGAAGGUUAGAGUUGAGAAGCAGCAGAAGAGAUCAGGGAACAUUGCGGAGAGGAUUGAGCAGAAUAAGAUGAGGAAGAUCGCUAAGAGGGAGAAGAAGCUCCUUCGCCCUGGCUUUGAAGGUCGUAAAGAAGGGGUUAUCAAUGAUGGCAAGUAAAAAAACUCAAAUUCUUCCAAUGAUCUGAUCAUCAUCAUCUCAAAGGCUGUGGAGAGCAUCUUUUGCUGUUUUGGGAAUUUUCGUGUAGUCAAAGUCCCUAGCAAUAUCAGUUAUGUUUUUUAGUUCGUUUUGUUUUGCAGUUUGCAGACUUUAUCAAAUGUUUGUUACACAAUGUGUUCCUUCAAGUUAAUGGUCUUAUCAAGUUUUGAUAUAGAAUUUAACU